ACUAUAUUUCACCAAAACAUGAUUGAUAAAAAAAAUUAGGGAUGUCGGAUUAUAAUUUCCAAGAGAAUUUGUGGGAAAAGCAGCCAAAGGUUGAUCCUGAUGAAGAGAUGUUAGAAACACAGAGGAAUUAUAUUGUUGUAAAAGACCCUAAACGAACGGUUCGUUUCUCUAACCUCCCCAAGCUCAACGAGGACGUUGUUAUGCAGCGUAGCAAUCAGAGAUCUUUUUUUAGUAGCACUGCUGACCUCCCCAAGCUCAGUGAGGAUUGUUUUGUUCGCACGUAUCAGGUCAAUAAUCUUACUUCACACCAGAUCAACAAGGUUGCUGUUAUGCCGCGUACCAAUCAGGACCCUAAACGAAGGGUUCAUUUCAGUCCUAAUUUCCCCAAGCUCACCGAGGCUGCUGUUAUGCUGCAUACCAAUCAGCCAAAGGACCUUAAAAUACCGUUUCAUGUCAUAAAAGAUUGUACCCAAGACUUUAACGAAAGGAAUUUUAUCGGAAAGGGUGGUUACGGAAGGGUCUACAAGGGAAUCCUUACCUGGGCCGAUCAUGCAUACCAACUAGUUGCUGUAAAACGGUUAGAUGUCACCGGAUUUCAAGGUAACAAAGAGUUCCGCACAGAGGUUACAAUGCUUUCAGAGUAUCAACACAAAAACAUUAUAAAACUUAUUGGAUUUUGUGAUGAUAACAAGGAGAUGAUCCUUGUUUACGAAUAUGCAAGCCACGGAAGCCUUGACAAAUAUUUAAGUAACACUACCAUGUCGGGUGGGCUAUCAUGGCCCCAACUCCAUAAAAUAUGUAUUGGUGUUGCGUCUGCAUUGGACUAUCUUCAUAACCACGUGGCUGAGAAACACAGAAUAAUACAUCGCGAUGUGAAAAGCGCGAAUGUGUUAUUGGAUGAGAAUUGGAAUGCAAAACUUUCCGAUUUUGGGUUGGCUAAAAUAGGUUUAGCAAAUCAACAUAACACCUUUGUGAUUACUAACCUUGCUGGCACAUAUGGUUAUACUGACCCACAAUAUGAAAGAACCGGGUUUUUAACAAAAGAGUCAGACGUUUAUUCGUUUGGUGUGGUUUUGUUUGAAGUUUUGUGUGGAAGGCCGGCAUGUGUUUUCGGUUACCAAGAUGAGAGGCGAUUUCUACAUCACUGGGUUCGAACACACUACAAAAAAGGAGAGCUGGAAAAGAUUGUUGAUCAUACAAUAAAGAAAGAAAUUAACCCAAGAACAUUAAGCAAGUUCUCAGCUAUUGCAUAUCAAUGCUUGCAUAAAACUCGGGAAGAACGGCCUACAAUUGCUGAGAUUGCAUUGCAACUUGGGAAAGCCUGGAAAAUCCAAAUGAACCAUGUAUAAGCAACCAGAUGAACAUGCUAUGCUAGGGAGACAUGGAUGAAUUAAAUGUAAUGUAAAACUUUGGUUUUCUAGUUAUGUAGAGAAACAACGAGACAACACAACACCACAGGUUGGUCUUCUACAUAGAGAAAAAAACACUGUAAGAUAAACAAAUAUUUUUUUAAAAUUUGUAUCUUUAAUACGUCUUUACGUGAAAGGCCUGUAAUCUUUGUUCUACGAACUUUCAUCAACUCCACAAUCCUCAAUAUAGUUGUUAAUUGAUGCUUCCAUACAAGGUGGUUCUCCCCGUUAACUUGUUUCGGACAACAUGUGUGAUAUUAGUCAUUAGAAGUUGAGAAUUAGACUUUAUAUAUGGAUGUGAUCUUUGACAAAUGGUCGCAUCAUAACAAUUCCAAAUGAAAAAAAGUUAACGUUGCAGAUAAAAUUA